GUAAUGUGGUGGACUAACGACAGUGCCUUCCCGGGGUUCGUUCUGGUUGGUUUUUCAGACCGGCCUCACUUAGAGCUGGUUCUUUUUGGGCUAAUCUUGAUCCUUUACCUUAUGACCCUUUUUGGAAAUACUGCCAUCAUUCUAGUGUCCCUCAUGGAUGCUAAGCUCCAUACUCCCAUGUACUUCUUCCUCUCCCAUCUUUCCUUCCUGGACCUCUGCUUUACCAGUAGCAUAAUUCCUCAGCUUCUAGUCAACCUGUGGGGCCCAGAUAAAUCCAUCACCUAUGGAGGCUGUGUGGUUCAGCUGUAUGUCUCCCUUGCAUUGGGAUCCACUGAGUGUGUCCUCCUGGCUAUGAUGUCCUAUGAUCGCUAUGUGGCUGUCUGCCGUCCCCUCCAUUACACUGUCUUAAUGCACCCCCGUCUCUGCACAACCCUGGCGUCUAUGGCAUGGCUCAGUGGAGUGGCCACUACUCUGGUACAAUCCACUCUCACAAUGCAGCUGCCUUUCUGUGGGCACCGCCAAGUUGAUCAUUUCUUUUGUGAGGUUCCUGUGCUCAUCAAGUUGGCUUGUGUGGAUACCACUUUCAAUGAAGCUGAGCUCUUUGUGGCUAGUGUCUUAUUCUUGGUGCUGCCCUUGUCACUCAUUCUGGUCUCCUAUGGUUAUAUUGCUCACGUGGUUCUCAGGAUUAAGUCAUCCACUGGACGACAGAAAGCAUUUGGGACCUGUUCUUCCCACCUCACGGUUGUCAUCAUCUUCUAUGGAACCAUAAUUUUCAUGUACCUGCAGCCAGCCAAGAGUCUAUAUAAGGACCAAGGAAAGUUUGUUUCCCUCUUUUACACUGUGGUAACCCCCAUUCUUAAUCCUCUUAUUUAUACUCUGAGGAAUAAGGAAAUGAAGGCAGCACUGAAGAAAAUUCUUGGAGAAAAUUAUGAUUGA